AUGACUGACAGAGUUUACACGCCCACCACAAGAUUGCCAUCAAAACCGAAGAAGGAAGUCAGAUGCACCUUAAAGGUGUGCUUGUCUGCUAUGCUGGCUGAGUUCGUUGAGGAUGCCGUACGCAUCGCACGCAACACGCUUCAUAUCAAAACAAUAUCAGAGCUCAUAAUUGCAUUCCCGUUCGCCGAAUCCAUGUAUUUGAGCGAUAGUGAAUGGAUGCAACAAGUGCGACCAGUCUGGGCCGCCGUUGAGGAUUUGGUUGACAAGGGUUUUGUCCGCUCAAUUGGAGUUUCUGAUCUCGACGUCAACCGGUUGCGAUUGCUCUGUCAAGAUGCAAAACGACAUAAACCGACGAUACAGCAUUACAGUUUCGACGCUAUGAUAAGCUGUGAGGUACCGUCUGAGUUGUUCAUUUAUGCUGAGGCAAAUGGUAUUCAGCUGGCCACACACGACGAUCCCAAGAACUGGGUUUUCGAUGAAGAGGUGCUCGAGUCGAUCAAUAAAAUCACUCACUCUGGAACGGAUGUUGUGACAAAAUGGAUCGCGAAGUACACAUGCUGCGUUCCGGAGACGUCACACGAGACAGCUAAAGGCUACUUCGUCCACGUUACGAACAAACCAGCCCACUGA